AUGGCGAGCAAUGAUAGUAUCUCCCUCGUGGACAACACCGCUCCGCAACAAUCGUCGGGCCAGGAGUCCGCUCAUCGAGCUUCCACGGUCGGUCGCCAAGGAACCCUGACGAAGCACCUGAGCCGAACAUCUGUACAAAGCCAACUCGCAAAACGGAAAUUUGCAAAAUGGCAACCAGAUAAACUCGGCCUCUCAUCAACAGACACAGAAAUCUCCCCGAGUAGGGAGUCGUCCCGAGUGCGUGGAUCGAUAUCAGGCGCAAGUUCAGCUGCCGGACCAAGUGCCCUCUUCUUCUUGAAUGAAGAUGGAGCAAGAUCCGGUGAAGCACCAGAAGACGCCUCAACUGCCGACUUUGCGUCUUCGCAAGUCCUGAGCCAGACAGAUACUUCUCAGUCAGCUACAUUGAAACAGCAAACUACCAACUCUGAAGGCCCGAAGGCGCGCUCGAAACUGGACGUUCUUUAUGAAAACCAGCGGGGGACUUUCUUCUUCGGUAUCCCUCUUUACUCGCAUAGUUCACUGCUGAACUUCGACCCCGGCGCCUGGAUGACGCAGGAUAGGCGUGAGAGCGCAGUCAAUAUCACCAAUGCUCAAGUACCGGAUCCGAGUUGGCAAUGGGCUUGGAAGACAUGGUAUGUAGACAUGUCUGGUGAUGUAGACGAUCAGGGAUGGCAGUAUGCCUUUUCAUUUGGCUCAUCGCAGUGGCACGGCACGCAUCCGUGGUUUCAUUCUUUUGUCCGGCGGAGACGUUGGGUUCGAUUGCGACACAAGAUUACUGAAACACGUCGGGGUCGAUCAGAUUAUGAGCGGUCGCAUAUGCUUAAUGACGAUUAUUUCACUAUCCAUUCUUCGAGGGUGACGAGCCGGUCGCAGAGUGUGGCUGGACUGAGUCGUGUUGAGUCUGGAUUCUUGAGUCGCGUGAGCACCAAGAUGGAUGAGCAGGUACAUCUGGAGGAGAUUGAUGAUAUUCCGUCUUUGAUGCAUGAAUUGAAGCUUGCUUCGAUUGACCGAGAGAAAAUCGAGGUGUUGAAGAAGUUUGUGCAGAAUGGGGCUGAGGAAUUGUACUAUUUGAACGACAGGGUAAGUUGCGAAACUCUCACGCUAUUCAUGAGUAGAUGUUUUUCUAAUGAUGGGGGACAGAUUCCCGAAAUAAUGUCAUUGUUCCUCUUCCAGACAUCACGCUGGCAAUUCGUGACCUAUCUCGUCGGCAUCGCUCAACAAUUGUCCAAGGAGAUCACCGAGUCUGACGAUGAUAACGGUCAAGCUCAACGCAAGAAAGAAAAUCUUGUCCGAGUAAUAGAAAGCGCCCGAAGUCAUAUCACCGGUCCAGAAGUAUUCACUGAUGAUCAGGGCGAGUCGGCUGUAGACCUGCUUGACCUGACACCUGUGUCUCGCCAUGACACUCUGCUUGCUAAAAAAGCGGAGACUACCGACGAUUCAUCGCGUGUUCUCAAGGGCAAGGAAAUCAAGGGGAUACCUAAGGCAGCUCAGGUUGGCCGUGAAUGGCACAUUUACUGA